AUGGCGCUAGUACAGUUUAAUGGUGCCUUGGUUCCUCAACUCGGUGAAAAACCUCGGCUGCUAUCCUCGGCACCUGCAGUUGCAAGGGCUACCUAUGCUGACGCAAGAUUCCUGGCACCAAAAACUGGUUCAAGAGGUAGAGGUAAACACCUGCUAUCACCUAGUUAUAGUUUGCAUUCACAGACCUCUUCUGAACAACUAAACCAUGUACCAUCAUCAAGAUUUCGCCAGAAAAGGGGUUCACGUUUUGUCGUCAGAGCUGAAGCUGAUUUCUAUAGUGUACUUGGUGUCUCAAGAAAUGCUAGUAAAUCUGAAAUCAAGAGCGCCUAUCGGAAGCUUGCGAGGAGCUAUCAUCCGGAUGUAAACAAAGAUCCUGGUGCGGAACAAAAGUUCAAGGAUAUCAGCAAUGCUUAUGAGGUUUUAUCUGAUGAUGAGAAGCGAUCAAUCUAUGAUAAAUAUGGAGAAGCAGGUCUUAAGGGUGCUGGCAUGGGCACAGGAGAUUACUCAAACCCUUUCGAUCUCUUUGAGUCCCUGUUUGAGGGGUUCGGUGGAAUGGGCGGAAUGGGUGGUGGCCGUGCUGCUCGGAACAGACCAAUGCAAGGUGAUGAUGAGAGCUACAAUCUGGUGCUCAAUUUCAAGGAAGCGGUGUUUGGUGUAGAGAAAGAGAUUGAGAUAACCAGAUUGGAAGGCUGUAACACCUGUGAUGGAAGUGGUGCCAAGCCAGGUACAAAGGCAACGACAUGUAAAACCUGUGGAGGUCAGGGCCAGGUAGUCUCCUCCACAAGAACACCACUUGGAAUAUUCCAGCAAGUCUCCACCUGCAAUACUUGUGGUGGCACUGGUGAAUUCUCCACUCCUUGCAACACCUGUGGGGGUGAUGGACGAGUGCGAAGGACAAAGAGGAUAAGUCUAAAGGUUCCUGCCGGAGUGGAUUCUGGGAGCAGGCUUAGGGUCCGGUCUGAGGGUAAUGCUGGCCGGAGAGGAGGCCCUCCUGGGGACCUUUAUGUCUUUAUUGAUGUUCUCUCGGAUCCUGUUCUUAAGCGAGAUGGGACAAACAUUCUGUACACAUGCAAGGUUUCUUACAUUGAUGCAAUCCUUGGGACAACCGUCAAAGUCCCCACUGUUGAUGGAAUGGUUGACCUUAAGAUACCCUCAGGAACUCAGCCAGGCACAACUCUGGUGAUGUCUAAGAAAGGUGUUCCACUUCUUGGAAAGUCAAAUACUCGUGGAGACCAGCUGGUGCGUGUCCAGGUUGAGAUUCCGAAACGUCUGAGCAGCGACGAGAAGAAGCUAAUUGAGGAGCUUGCAAACCUGAAUAAGGCUCAAACAGCCAAUAGCAGGAGAUGA